AUGACCAAUUCACCCAAGGUGACAGUGCCCCGGGGUAUGCUCUACUGCAUCGGCGUCCUCUUUGUAUCAAAUUUUGCGAUCGUCUGCCUCGUGCCGUCGCUGCCGCCUGGUAUUGCCAGCGCUGCGACGGCCGCGUAUCCGCUCACUAAUGGUUUCCGGUUGGCGUACGACCUCUCGGCGUCGUCGAGUGCGUGGCUCGUCUUUCCCGCGCAUGUGGGUGCUGCGCUGGGGUUUCUUCGUCCGAGCGGCCGGCUCGUGCAAGCGCUCGCUGACUCGUCGCUGUUGCCGCCAUGGCUCGGUCUCAAGAGCGCAGCGUACACAGGGCGGUGGAAGGCGGUGACGAUUGCCUCUAUGUUUGGCUACGUCCUCUGCGUCUUGAGCUAUUUUUUUCAAGUCUUCGCCAAAGCCUUGCCCCACCUCGCGAUGCUCGCAGCGUGCGGCUGUUAUGCAGCGCAGCUCGUUGGCUUUAUCCUGCUGCGGACGUCGUACAAGGCCGAGUGCCACGGGUAUCGAUCGCCCUUUGGCAUAGGCAGCGCCGUGCUCGCGAUCGGGAGCUUUGGGAUCCUGGCGAUUUCGAUUCUCGGGGCAUUUCAAGACGACGACGGUGUUGCGGCGCUUACGUACCUGGCCUAUGUUGUCGUCAUAUCGCUUUACUAUUACGUGGCGUGCAAGGACCGGCAGACAGUCUCGAAGGACGAGUACGCGUCGAUUUUUCGGUUUACCAUCAUCAAGUUCAACAACAUGAAGCGACGCAUGACGCGCCAGAAUCAGCGCAAGUCGUCACAGUGGACAAAAGUCAUUUCACUACUGCAGUCGAAUUCGACGCUCAGCUCGAGCAACCGCGUGAGCUACGUCGACGUCGGCGUCAACCGCGGCUCGCGGUUGAGCCAACCCCGUCGGAUGUCGAUCGCACCGAAAUGA